AUGUCCAUCAAGAUGAAAUUUGAAUUAUUACCAAACGAAAUAUUCGUUGAAUGUUUUCAGUAUCUCAAUGCACCAGAUAUAUUCAAUUCAUUUGAUCGAUUAAAUUAUCAUUUUCAUACACUUAUUCGCAAUAGUCCAUUACAUCUUAAUUUUCAACAAUUUAAAAAAUCUUUAUUUAAUGAAUUUUGUCAAACAAUAUUAACAAAUCCAGAAAUUAAACAAAAUAUAAUUUCUUUACAAUUAUCAAAUGAAAGUACAUGUGGACAAAUUCAAUCAUUUCUCUCAUUAAUUUCAUUAAAUGAAUUUAUUCAUCUUCGAUCAUUAUCAUUAAUUGAUAUAAAUGACGAGAAUGACGAACAAUUAUUAUCGAUGUUAUCAUUGUUAUCCAAUUUAGACUGUUUUUCUUGUACUUGUUCGGAGUAUAAAACUUUAAAAAUAAUUUCUGUCUUAACAAAAUCAAAAAUACGAAUGUUAACAGUACCACAAUUCAAUUUUAACUCAACAUCUGUUUAUAAAACAAUGUCAAUUACAUCAUUAACAAUUUCUAAUUGUGAUUUAUCUGAUUUAUGUCAAUUAUUUAAAUAUACACCGAUGUUAAAAUAUUUGAAAUGUGAACAUUUCUAUAAUAGUCAGAUUACGGAUGAUGAAUUAAAUUUUACUAAUACAAAUAUUGUUUAUUUACAAAAAUUAAUUAUAGAUUCUUCUUCAGCUAAAUUUCAAGUUCUUGAACUUUUAUUAAAACGUAUAUCGAAUUUGAAAAUCUUUUCAAUAUUUGCACCAAAUGUAUUAGAGUUGAUUGAUGCUAAUCGAUGGCAACAUCUUAUUGAAUCUUCACUACCAUAUUUACAUACAUUUAACUUCAAUUUUGGUUAUUACGCUCAUCAUUCUUACAAUGAAAAAUUGAUUAAAUUUCAACAAUUUCAAACUGAUUUCUGGCAUAAACAACAUCAUUGGUAUACAAAUUAUGAAAUUGAAGGAUUUACAGCUUUAAUUUAUACAUUGCCAUAUGUCUGGAAUGAAUAUACAUUAACAUCUACUAUGAAUAGAUACAAUGAUUCUUUGAUAAGUUAUUCCAAUGAAUUUGAUAAUGUUAAGAAUUUAUUUUUAUGCACAAAAGCAAUUAAAAAUAAUUCACCAUGUUUUUUUAGAAAUAUACAAUCAUUAAUAUUAAUAAAUGAAUGUGAUUUUUAUGGUGUGGUGGAUAAAUACAAAUUACAAGUAAAACAAAUAGAAUAUCUUAAUAUGAUUGUCAAUGUAUCAAGUAUCAAACAUUUAAAAAUUGCUGGAGAAUGUUAUGUCACAUCAUCAAUAUUAUUAGAAAUACUAAAAAAUAUUCCAAAUAUAUCAUCAUUAACAACUGAUAAACAGAUUUUAAUAACAUUUCUUGAUAAUCAACAAUUAUGCGAAUAUUUAAACAUGAAGAUUAAACGAUUAGAUAUUUCUAUUGAUUGGAGUGAUAGCUAUAUUCAAUCUAAUAAAAUAGAUUUUUUUUGUAAAAUAUUUUCAAAUCUUGAACAACUUCAAUGUUAUAUUGAAAAUCUUGAUGAUUUAUUAUUAAUAUUAACAAAAUGUUCAAAAUUAUCAAUGAUAAAGAUCUUAAAAAUUAAUAAACAAAUAUAUACAUGGAUUCAAAACAAUGCACCGAUAUUAAAUGUUUAUAUUGAUUUUACAUUAGAUGAUUAUGAAUCCGAUGAUGAUAUGGAAAAUAUUUGA